GGCUUCCACCUUACCCAUAUAAUACCCUCCCUUCGUCGCUCUUUCCUCUCAAGCCCGUCCUCUCUCCUUCUCUUCCUUCAUCAUCGCCAUGAAACUCGUCACGAUCAGUUCUAAAUUCCUCCGCCUCAGCCCCAAACGCCUCUUCCGUUCCAAGGAUCGGUCCUCCAUCUUCAGAUCCAACCCCUCUUCCUUCAGCUCCUCCAUCUCCUCCGAUGGCUCAUACAGCGGCGCCGCCGAUCACAAACCCGGGCCCGCCGCCACGCCGAUCAGCGUUCUCCCAGAGAUCUCCGGAGAUUGGUCCCAGGUUUCCGCCGGAGAUAGCGAUUUAUACUCGGAGCUCGUUCAGGCAUUUAAGUUGAUCGAUCGGGAUGAUGACGGCGCGGUAUCCAGGAGUGAGCUCGCAGCGCUGCUUACCAGGCUGAGCCCGGAGCCACCGAGCCAGGACGAGGUGAGCAUGAUGCUGAGGGAGGCCGACGGCGGCGUGGCGGGGACCUCGGCGGCGGGAUCGGUGGAGGCGGAGGAGCUGAGGGAGGUGUUCGAGUUUUUCGACGCGGAUCGCGACGGGAGGAUAUCGGCGGAGGAGCUGCUCCGGGUGUUCGGCGUCAUCGGAGAUGAUCGGUGCACGUUAGAGGAAUGCCUGCGCAUGAUAGCGACGGUGGACGUGAACGGCGAUGGGUUUGUUUGCUUCGAGGACUUCUCUCGCAUGAUGGAGCUCCAACGAUGAUUGCGACAUCACAUCUCUUUGCUCUUCUUUUUCUUUUUUGACAAAAAAAAAUAAUCGUAAUUUCUAUUUUUAC